UCUUUUUUCCUUUUCUUUUUCCCAGGCUCGCCCGAAGCUAAUCGAGUCUUCAAUUCAAACACUGAAAAAAAUACCAGAGGAAUGCGCAGAAAUACGACGACGUUUAACACGAACUCUCACUCUCCUGUUCUGGUUUUCCGUCUCCAAACACCAUUGGCGCGAAGUGAUCAGCGGACGAUUGUUCUGGAAUGAAUUUUCGGAUAUUCUGAGGAGAAUUUUGAGGGUAAUUUGGUUUUGUCGGAGAUGUCUCUGAGGAUAAAAGCGGUUGUAGACAGGUUCGUGCAGGAGCUCAAGGAAGCUCUGGAGGCGGAUAUUCAGGACAGAAUCAUGAAGGAGAGGGAGAUGCAGAGCUACAUCGAAGAGCGAGAACGCGAAGUCGCCGAGCGCGAGGCCGCUUGGAAGGCCGAGCUCUCUCGCCGCGAGGCAGAGAUUGCCCGACAAGAAGCACGGCUGAAGAUGGAGAAAGAAAACCUCGAAAAAGAGAAGAGUGUUCUGAUGGGGACUGCAUCAAGCCAAGAUAAUCAAGAUGGAGCUCUUGAAAUAACUGUAAGCGGAGAAAAGUAUAGGUGCCUCAGGUUUGCAAAGGCAAAGAAAUGAGGAGCUUUUGAAUGAAGCCUGAAAACUGGAGGGAAGUAGCAAUUCUGAGAGAAUUUUUUCAUAACUUGCUUGGUGAUUUUGACUUCUUAUUCUUUCUGAAUGCUUUAUGUACAUGUAAUAUCCCAGUACAGAAAAAUUGAUUAUGGCCCUAGCACAUAUCGUUUAAUGUGAAAAGGAGGGUUUUUGUUUUUGAUUCAUGGAGGAAAAAAGAAAUCAAGAAAAAGAAGGGAAGAUUUGGUGUUUCUAAUAGUGA